AAGGCAGCCGCCCGCAGCUGGCACUGCAGGCGGUGGCCAGGGGAAGCGGCUGCUCCGGGGAGUCUGAUUUCCAGCCCCGUUUAUUAAUAACCCCCCACCCCCGCCCCAUGCGAAACCCAUGUGCAGCACCGAGCCAGAGGCGCUGGGCUCCAGGGGAGGAAGGGACCUGAUGGCAGAGCCUGAGCCCCCUGCAGAGCUGCAGCUGGAUGAAGCUGGAGCAUCCUCAGCCCCACAGGGAGCAGCUGCAGGAGCUGCUCCCAGCCCGGACCUUGCACGCAGCCCAGGGGUGGGUGUGGGAGUGCCAGCCCAGCACGGGGGCAGCCCAGACACCUGCCCCGAGCUGCAGGCAGAGAGUGGGGACACUUCCUUGCCGAGCUCCCAGCUGGAUGAGGACACAGCCAGGGCCAAGACCCCACUGGAUGAGGACGCGGCAGGAAUCCCGCUGGACGUGGAUGCAGAUGGAUUAGGGAUCCCACUGGAUGUGGAUGGGGCAGGCAUCCCGCUGGAUGUGGAUGCAGGUGGGGCAGGGAUCCCACUGGACAUGGACACAGAUGGGGCAGGAAUCCCAGCCAGCGUGGAUGCAGGCAGGGCAGGGAUCCUGCUGGACAUGGAUGCAGAGAGAGCAGGGAUCCCAGCCAAUGUGGAUGCAGGCAGGGCAGGGAUCCCACUGGAUAUGGAUGCAGAGAGAGCAGGGACCACAGCUGAUACAGAUGGGGCAGGGAUGCCACUGGACAUGGACACAGACGGGGCAGGGAUCCCAGCUGAUGUGGAUGCAGGCAGGGCAGGGGUCCCACUGGACAUGGAUGCAGACAGAGCAGGGAUCCCAGCCGAUGCAGAUGGGGCAGGGACCCCACUGGACAUGGAUGCAGAGGGAGCAGGAGGAAGCCCCCUGGACGCGGCUGGUGCAGAGCAUCAGUGCCUGACCCUGGAAGAGCUGGGGGACUUCUUCCAGGAGUGCAUCGAAGCCGUGGAGCAGCUGGAGAAGGAGCGGGACAGCCUGAUCACGGAGCUGGCCCAGCUGCGGGAGCCCGCGCUGCAGGAGAUCCGCCAUGCCCACCAGGAGAUCCAGGAGGCCUGCAGGCUGCUGGCCAAGGUGGAGCUGGAGAGGGACAACCUGAAGGAUGAGAUCAGGCAGAUCAAGCAGAAGCUGUUCAAGGUGACGAAGGAGUGUGUGGCUUGCCAGUACCAGCUGGAGAGCCGGCGGCACGACCUCUCCCAGCACGCCGCUUACCGGGGCGAGCUGGAGACCCAGGCUGGGCAGCUCUCCGGCGAACUCUCCCGGCUGAAGGAGACCUGCGAGAAGGAGAAGGAGGUUUUGAGGCAAAGGUUGGAGGCUCCACCAUGCCGACAAGAUAAUCUGUACCUGCAGGAGAGCCGCCGGCUCUCCAUGGAGUUCGAGAGCUUCGUGGCGGAGAGCCGGCGAGGGCUGGAGGAGCACUACGAGCCCCAGCUGCUGCGGCUGCUGGAGAGACGUGAGGCGGGGGCCAAGGCGCUGCAGGAGAUGCAGGGCGAGAUCCAGGGGAUGAAGGAAGCCCUGAGGCCCUUGCAGGGGGAGGUCAGCAGGCUGCGGCUGCAGAACCGGAGCCUGGAGGAGCAGAUUGUCCUCAUGAAGCAGAAGCGGGACGAAGAGGUCGGGCAGUACCGGGAGCAGGUUGAGGAGCUGGAAGAUAGGCUGAAGGAGCUGAAGAACGGAGUCCAGCUCCAGCAGCGCAAGAAUCAGGAGCUGGAGGAGCUGAGGACCAGCCUCCACCGGGAGCUCUCCAUCUACAAGAGCUGCUUAGAAAUCUAUGGCCACCUCUGCAAAUCAGAAGAGAAAACAGAGCAGGACUCUUAGGAACCAUGGGACCUGUCCUCCUUGUAGCCAAAGGACAGAGGGCACCUGCAGGGGCCAUCUCCUCUUGCUGCUGCCCCUACUCGAUGCACAGCAGCUGCCUGCAGUCAGGAAGACCACAGGGGUUUGCUCCUGUGUGGUCCAAGGUGCUGCUGUUGCUCCUGUAGGAGAACUGCUUUUCCACAGAGCAGAGCAAAGGAAACUUGCACUGAAAUUAAGGAGCUCCAUGAAGAAGAGCAGAUGGCUGGAUGUGGUGCUGGGAGGAUGGAUCUGUGGCUUUGCUCCACAGGUGGAGUUGUGUGAGCCUGGCAGGCAGUGCCAAGGGAGUUCUGGGCUUUAAAAGUUUACAGGCAGGAGAAGCUUUAUCCUUUUGAGAGGAUUGCCUUUUGUAUUUCAAGGGUCUCUGCUGUAUUGGUGACAUUGCUUCAAGGUCCUUGCCAGCCUCAUUCUGUGCCCCAGCAUGGGCCAGAGAAUCCAGUUUGUGGAUAAUAGCUUUCCACUCUAGGUAGCCUCACACUGAAAAUAAAGG